AUGGAUCCGUCCGCGCCCCUCUUUCCCGUUCCCUCGUCCUGCUCCCCCGCGCCCCAAGACUCCGACCGGGCUUUCCUCAUGGCGUCGGCGGCGACCGCGACGCGCAAGCGCCCGGCGCCCGACGGCACGGACACCGGUGGUGGUGGUGCCGGCCGCAAGAGCAAGCAGGCGCGGAUGAUCACGCUGGGGAGCAUCGGCGACUACGAGACGCAGGAGGCGAUCGGGGCGGGCAGCUUCGGCGUGGUGGUCAAGGCGCGGCACCGCGGCACGGGCGAGGCGGUGGCCAUCAAGUGUGCCCGCAAGGCGCCCAAUAGCAACAGCAACCUCCGCCGCAUCCUCCGUGAGGCCGGCUGCAUGGCGGCGUGCCGCGGCCACCCGUCGAUCGUGGGCAUCCGGGACGUCGUCGUGGACGCGGCCACCGGGGACGCUUUCCUCGUCAUGGAGCUCGUCGCCGGCGGCAGCCUGCUGCGCCUGCAGAGGACGCGGCCGCGCUUCUCGGAGGGCGAGACCCGCGCGUUCAUGCGGCAGCUCCUGCGCGGCGCAUCGCGGAUGCACGGCGCCGGGAUCAUCCACCGCGACAUCAAGCCCGGCAACAUCCUCGUGAGCGGAGGCGGCUUCGCGCUCAAGAUCUGCGACCUGGGGCUCGCCACGCCGACGGCGAGGCCGGCCGAGGGGACGGCGACGGCGUACGCGUACCCGGAGCGCCGCGUGGGCACGCUACUCUACCGCUCGCCGGAGCAGCUGGCGGGCCGCCGGGACUACGGCCCCGGCGUCGACGUCUGGGCGCUCGGGUGA